CUCAGGCCACAGCUGAGUGCUAAUAAUGAUGGUUUGGGAGAGCAUAAUGCGCAAGCUGAUGACACGGAGGGAAUUCGUCUCAUCAUCAGCAACAGGAAAUUAAAGAAGAGGUAUCGAACACUCCUAGGGGGGAUGGCUGUUGCUAACCAACAAUGGGUGGUGCAGAUACAGGCGUCCGUCCAGGCGAUGGCACCUCGUACCGGCGCCUCCAUCUACCGGGUGCCGGAAUGGAUCAAGCGCCUGAGCAGGAACGACGCGUACGGGCCGCGGGUGGUGUCCCUGGGCCCCUUCCACCACGGCAACCCCAACCUGCAGCACAUGGAGGAGCACAAGACCCAGGCGAUGCAGCGCCUAGUUCAUCGAUCUGGGAAGCCGUUCCAGCGAUUCUUCGACGCCAUCAACGGGAUGAUGGUCACGGAUGGGUGCUUCUUCCUGGACACGGCAUGGGCGGUUAACCAUGCAAUGGGAGGAACGGGUGGAGGUUACACGGCCGGUGACCCCAGUGAUCCCCGCGCACUUCUGAUUUGGGAGACCAUCCGGAUGGAUGUGGUCGCCAUGGAAAACCAGCUGCCACUGCUCGCCCUGCAGAAGCUUGAAACUGCACGCCGUGGUGGAGCUGCGGUGAGUGCUGGAGAUGUCAACCAGUUGGUUCGUAAGUUUCUUACAGUCCCAUUGCCGAAGAACAUCAACGAGCCGGCUCCACACCCGCUGGGCCUUCUCCGCAAGUGUUUCGUCUCCACCACUGCAGCAAAUCGAAGCAGCCCCCUCGAACAGAAAGAGUGGGAGAACACCAUGCCCUGCGCCCUGGUGCUCACCGAGGCAGGCAUCGACUUGAAGAAGAGCAGGACUCGCAAGUUCACUGAUGUCGAAUUCAAAGAUGCCGCGCUCAAGGGCGUGACCAAGAGCGUGCUGCACGUGCCACUGCUGAGGGUCCGCUACGACACCGAGAUGUUCCUGCUCAACAUGAUGGCGUUCGAGCGGCUGCAUCCCGGCGCCGGGGACGAGGUGACAUCCUACGUCUCCUUCAUGAGGAACCUCAUCAACAACACUGCAGACGUGGCACUGCUAAGAUCCAAAGGAGUCCUUGUGCACACGUUUGGCAGUGACAAGGCAGUGGCUAGGUUGUUCAACAAUAUCUACUCGGGAGGCAUGAGCCCGUACAGCAAGCUGCAUCAUGUGCAGCGCAAGGUGAGCGCCCACUGCGAGAGACGCUGGAACAAGUGGAGGGCUGGCUUUGUUCAGUCCUACCUAAGCAACCCCUGGGUGUUCAUCUCCCUUGUGGCUGCUAUCAUCCUAGUCCUCGCUACCCUAUUGCAGACUGUCUACACCAUCAUUCCGUUCUACCACAAUAGGAGCUAAAGAUUUGCAUGACAUAGAAUUAUUGGUGGUGUGGGUGAAAUGAAUCUCCAUAUUGUGUAAUAUUUUGUCAGCAGCGUCAAUGGGCCCAAUCCGUUACCGGGCCAUGGGCCUCCGACUCCGAGAUCCACUCGGCCCAAGAUGAAAAACACACAUGAAACUGGCCCGGAAUGGGUGUAGCUCGUGCGCGCGGCGUGAUAUGUAUGGCAUGAACCAAUGUUUAAACAAA